AUGGUGGCGGAGCUCGGGCUCUCUCUCCCGACCGCGGUCGGCUCGGCGGCGGCGGCCGCCGAGCCGCGAGGGCACAGCGGCAUGACCGCGCGCUGGUACCCGGUCGCGCUGUCGGAGCAGCUGGGGACGGAGCGUCCCUUCGCCACCCGCCUCUUUGGCGAGCCCAUCGUCCUCUACCGCGACCGGCUCGGCGCGCCGGUCGCCGUCGCCGACGUGUGCCCGCACCGGUCGGCGCCGCUCUCGAUGGGCGACGUCGAGGAGGGCCAGCUGCGCUGCUUCUACCACGGCUGGGCGUUCGGGGAGGAGGGUCGGUGCACGAGCAUCCCCACCAUCCCCGGCGGCAAGGUGCCCGCCAGGACGGCCAGCUGCGAGAGCUACGCCGUCGAGGAGCGCGCGGGCGCGUUGUGGGUGUGGCGCGGCAACGCCCUCUCGGCGGACGGGCGUCGGCUGCCCGAGGCCCCUGCGGAGGGGCUGUCCGUCUGCACCGUGCUCGACUACGAGUGCGACUGGGCCGCCGUGGUGGCGCACCGACUCGACGCCGAGCCGCUCGCCGCCGCCAGCCCGCUGCUGCGCGCCCUGUCUGCCGGCGCCGCCCUCGGGGAGGCGAGCUUCGACGGCCCGACGGUGGCGCGGUCGUCGGCGAGCGAGCCGCGGCUGGGCGAGGAG